AUGUCUAAUCAGAGCUCUGUCAAUUCCACACGGCAGUGCUUAAUAACAUUAGACUUCGAGCCAAAAGYCUUAUCUGCACUGCCGUCGGCCGUCACCCCGACAUGGAUAGGCAUCAGUUUAAUCAACAGUCUAGUGGUCCCYCCGAUAGUUGGAAUCAACAUCUUGAUCAUUUGGACCGUGUUUGAAGACGAACGACUCCGUUCAGCCAGUUACAACAUCUUGCUAGCUGCCCUGGCCUUAACCGACGUACUGGUAGGCUUGAUUGCCCAGCCGGCAUUUAUAGCUCUCAACGUUUGCCUUUUACUCGAGUGCCCAUACACCUGUUCGCUGACGAACGCGUAUAUGCUUUCAUCUCUGAUAUUGUGCUGCUGUUCGAUCGCUACCCUGACAGUUGUUUCCGUGGAGCGAUAUAUAGUCAUCGAGCAUCCCUUCUAUCGUUCGGAGGUGACUGUGUCAAGAGUUUUGGUGGCGACUGCGCUGAGCUGUACAGUCUUGUCCUCAAUCUUAGUGGUGACUAGGUUACUGUCCGAUAUCUCAUACAGAKUCAGGCAGAUACCAGUKGCAGGGAUCAUUUGUUUUUGCUCUCUCAUCAUACUGUUCUGUGUCAGUAAAGUCUAUGCCUCAUCAAGACGACAAAGGGCAACCAUCCAAGCACUACAGGAUUCCCUCUCGCAAGAAGAAAAAGACCAAGCACGAAAGCGACUGAGGGAKUUCAAGAACUACCUCUGUUUGGGAAUGGUKGUAUUUUCAAUGGUGAUCCUCUACAUACCAGCCUUGAUUACCAAAGUUAUUGCUGUGUCACUUGGUAAAGACGUCACCCCAGCUUUCCAGUACAUUAGCCAGUUUAUCUGGKURACGUGUAUCUAUCUUCAGUCACUUGCCAACCCAAUCAUCGUGUCUUUGCGGCUAUCAUAUAUCCGGAAAGGUGUGUUUAACAAGUUACUUUGUAGAUAUUGA